GGGCCACCGAUCCCCCGGGAGUGUCUAGGGGGACUGAUAACUCGUGGGGGGCUGGGGGUGCUACCCCUGGCCCUGCCUGCUCUCACGCUCUCCCGGUGGGUUGUCUCUGCUCCUUUCCCCAGGGCACCUUCUCGCUCAUCAUUGAGGCUCUGCAUACGGACUCGCCUGACGACCUCACCACAGAAAACCCUGAGCGCCUCAUCAGCCGCCUGGCCACCCAGAGGCACUUGGCAGUGGGUGAAGAGUGGUCCCAGGACCUGCACAGCAGUGGCCGCACUGACCUCAAGUACUCCUAUCGCUUUGUGUGUGACGAGCACUACUAUGGAGAAGGCUGCUCUGUCUUCUGCCGCCCCCGGGACGAUGCCUUUGGUCACUUCACUUGCGGAGAGCGGGGCGAGAAAGUCUGCAACCCGGGCUGGAAAGGCCAGUACUGCACUGAGCCAAUUUGUUUGCCUGGAUGCGAUGAGCAACAUGGCUUUUGCGACAAACCUGGGGAAUGCAAAUGCAGAGUGGGUUGGCAGGGGCGAUAUUGUGAUGAGUGCAUCCGAUACCCAGGCUGCCUUCAUGGUACCUGUCAGCAGCCGUGGCAGUGCAACUGCCAGGAAGGCUGGGGUGGCCUUUUCUGCAACCAGGACCUGAACUAUUGCACCCACCACAAGCCCUGCAAGAACGGUGCCACAUGCACCAACACUGGCCAGGGGAGCUACACUUGUUCUUGCCGACCUGGGUACACAGGCUCCAACUGUGAGAUUGAAAUCAAUGAAUGUGACGCCAACCCUUGCAAGAAUGGUGGAAGCUGCACUGAUCUCGAGAACAGCUAUUCUUGUACCUGCCCCCCAGGCUUCUAUGGUAAAAACUGUGAGCUGAGCGCGAUGACUUGUGCUGACGGACCGUGCUUCAAUGGUGGGCGAUGCACCGACAACCCUGAUGGGGGAUACAGCUGCCGCUGCCCACUGGGUUAUUCUGGGUUCAACUGUGAAAAGAAAAUCGAUUACUGCAGCUCCAGCCCUUGUGCUAAUGGAGCCCAGUGUGUCGAUCUGGGGAACUCCUACAUAUGCCAGUGCCAGGCUGGCUUCACUGGGAGACACUGUGAUGAUAACGUGGAUGACUGUGCCUCCUUUCCCUGCGUCAACGGAGGGACCUGCCAGGAUGGCGUCAAUGACUACUCCUGCACCUGCCCCCCGGGAUACAACGGGAAGAACUGCAGCACCCCAGUGAGCAGAUGCGAACACAACCCCUGCCACAACGGGGCCACCUGCCACGAAAGAAACAACCGCUACGUCUGUGAGUGCGCCCGGGGGUAUGGCGGGCUCAACUGCCAAUUUUUGCUCCCCGAGCCACCUCAGGGACCAGUCAUCGUCGACUUCACCGAGAAGUACACAGAAGGCCAGAACGCCCAGUUCCCCUGGAUCGCCGUCUGCGCCGGGAUUAUUCUGGUCCUCAUGCUGCUGCUGGGGUGCGCUGCUGUGGUUGUCUGUGUCAGGCUCAGAGUGCAGAAGAGGCACCACCAGCCUGAUGCCUGCAGAAGCGAGACUGAGACCAUGAACAACCUGGCAAACUGCCAGCGUGAGAAGGACAUUUCCAUAAGUGUCAUUGGUGCCACUCAGAUUAAAAACACGAAUAAGAAAAUAGACUUUCACAGCGAUAACUCCGAUAAAAAUGGCUACAAAGUCAGAUACCCAUCAGUGGAUUACAAUUUGGUGCAUGAACUCAAGAACGAGGACUCUGUUAAAGAGGAGCACAGCAAAUGUGAAGCCAAGUGUGAAACGUAUGAUUCAGAGGCAGAGGAGAAAAGUGCAGUACAACUAAAGAGUGAUACUUCUGAAAGAAAACGACCAGAUUCAGUAUAUUCCACUUCAAAGGACACAAAGUACCAGUCGGUGUAUGUCAUAUCAGAAGAGAAAGACGAGUGCAUCAUAGCAACUGAGGUGUAAACCAGAGGUGAUAUGGCAAGGUGGUUGUUCAGAACAAUUUCAGAGGAGACGUGCCCCAAUGAAUGCUGCUGAAAGAGGAAUGGGAGAUAGAUUCCUUCACUGACUGCUGCUGAGAAACUAAAUUCAGGCUUGAGCUGGUUCUCUACUGAAGUUAGCAAAGUGACUGCAAAAUAAAGAAACAAGAUGGACACCAGGCAAGGGUCUGUGUUCAAGGAUUACUGUUGCACUGCCUUUUACGAAUUUUAUCAUUGCACUAUGGUCAGUUGCUUUUCUAUAUAUAUUUAAAUGAAUGGACUUAAGUACUACAUAAGAAGCAUGCACUGCCUGAAGUGUAUAUUUUGGAUUCUUAUGAGCCAGUCUUUUCUUGAAUUAGAGACACAGACACUGCCUUUAUUGUCUUUUUUGAUACUAAAAUGUGUUUUUACUAGGUGAGAAAAAGUGUGUUAUUUUUUUGAAUCUGUAAAAAUAUUUUCAUGAUAAUUGUAAAGCUUGAGUAUUUUGUGAUGUUCAUUUUUUUAUAAUUUAAAUUUUUUGGUAAAUAUGUACAAAGGCACUUCGGGUCUAUGUGACUAUAUUUUUUUGUAUAUAAAUGUAUUUAUGGAAUAUUGUGCAAAUGUUAUUUGAGGUUUUUUUUACCGUUUUGUUAAUGAAGAAAUUCAUUUUUAAAAUAUUUU